AUGGCUGAUGCUCUAGCCACGCUGGCAUCCUUAUGGGAGAAGGGUGAUCAGAAGUUGACCCAGCCAGUUAUCCUGAUGAGGAGUAGAAUCCCAUGCUAUGAAGGGUUAAUAAUAGCACAUUUAGAUCUAGAAGAUGAGAUGAAACGGUAUGAGGACAUAAGAAGAUAUUUAGAGGUAAGAGAAUACCCACAGUCAGCCAAUAGUAGGGAUAGAGCUACAAUUCGUAGAUUAGCCACUCCAUUCACUUUGGUGAGGGCAACUCUACAAAAGGUUCUUGAAGGACUAUUGCUCUUGUGUGUGACAAAAAGCGAUGAGCAGAUAAUGGAGGAAGUACAUGCAGGAGUGUGUGGUCCUCACAUGAACGGAAGGGUAUGGUGGGUGGUGAUGCUUCCAAAGAGAGCCACAAAUGAAAGAGGGAGGUCUCCAGAAAAGUGA